UGGCGGCUUUCGUGUGAGGUGGAACGUGACGUAAACGCGUUAGGGACGCUCGCCAUACGGCGUACGCUACGUGUCGUGAAUAUUACGUUAGUUAUUAAAAAAAUUAAUAUACAUAGUUGCUAUACAAUUAAAGUACGAGUCGUAUAACUAAAAUUAGACAAAAUCAAAGUGAAUCUGGGCUAGAGCGAAGUUUUGUGUUCAUUUGAAGCCCUAAGCACCUCAUAGGUGUUAAAUUUGUUUUGAUUGAACUGCGCAAACUCCGGAAACGUCAAACGCCAAUCGAAGCUGCGCUGCUUCAGUCGCUGCCUCUGCCACUGCCACUGCCACUGCCACUGCCGGUGCCGCUGCCUUUGCCUUUGCCAAUGAAUGCUCACUCGAACGUUUUCCCGUUAGCCAAGUCCUCAGUUAUUUAGCGGCUUUUGUGCGCAACACAACUGAACGGAACGACGUGUUGUCGAACUGUUUAACGUAACGAGCAAUGCGUUUAACGUAAGCAAAGCAACAACAACAACAACGGCAGCAACAACCGAUACAACAAUAUCAAAUAACUAUCCGGCAUUAUAACGAGUGUUUGCCCCUGUGUCAAGGGAGCGUAAAAAUAGAAAAAAAUCGAACACGUUGAUUCCAUAAACAAGUGUGUAUACCGUUCACAGUGAAAACACAAUUCAAACAUAAGGAAAAAAAAACUUUUAAUAUAAACAAAAUAUCAGAAAAAUAAAAUAAAAAUAAAAUACAAAAAUCAGCGCACUUCAACAACAACAAGCACCGCAGGAGACUGGCGAAAUGCAUUAGGCGAGCGAGCAAGGAAAUACUUGGCCGAAAAUGCUGCAACGCCCGCAUUGGCAUUGGGCCACAUAACGGAGUCCCUCCCCCACCCAUUCAGCAUCCUCAGCGAGGCCGCGUGUUGAGUCGAGUGUGUUUCAACCAUGGCGGCGCCCACGUCAAUGGAAAUCAGCUGCUGCCUGGUGCUGCUGCUCCUGCUGCUGUUCAUCCACAACGGCUACUGCAUAGACUGCUUCAAGUGCGUUUCGAAUAACGGCGCCAACAGGGCCUGCGACGAUCCAUUUCAUAACAACUACUCCACCGCCAUCCUCGAGUCGCCCUGCAUGGGCGGUCGCAAGGGCCGCGACGGCCUCUUCCCGGCCACCGCCUGCAUUAAGAUCGCCGGCUACUAUGAUGACAACGGCGAAACGAUAACGGUGCGCGGCUGCGCCCUGGACAGCGGCACACUCACCACAGACACAGAGAUCAUAAGAAUGUCGCAUUGUGGAAAGUUCUACUAUGACAACAGAUACGUUCACGGCUGCCUUCAGAGCUGCAGUGAUGCGGACGCCUGCAAUGGCAGCCACCCCAAGGACGUGGAAUCCUUGCUGCUUAGCGUUGCGUUGCUGCUUUUGGCAACUGCAAGGUAGCAGUAACAACAACAACAGCAACAACAGUUAUAAUAAUGGGAAGCAACAGCAAAUAGAGCUGUAGCUAGCGACCCAUGAAAGAUGAAGGAAGGGAUUAAGCUAAAGUGAACGUGAAAAAAGCAUUUAAUAUAAUUCAGCUGCGCGAAAAUAUUUGUACACAUUACAUCCGCUGCUCUAUCUGUAUCGUCUCUCUCACUCUCUCUCUCUCUCCCUCACCAGCUAUUGUGUGUCUAGAUCUAUCUCUCCCACUCUCUCAGUGUCUACAAUUGCACAUAACAGUAAUUGCGCACAAGGAUAACACAGGAUAACAUGGCAGAAAAAAAAAUGAAAUAAAAACAAUGUGAAGCAUAUUUAUAUGGAAUUCAUCAAGCAAUUAUGUGAUUUAUAAAUGAAUAUUUAACAACUAUUUAACAAUAACUGAUGGAAAAAAAAGAAAAAAAAAAACACUUAAACAAAACGAAUAUUAAACAACUUAAUUUAAACUCUUUACCUAUAAAAUACAAAUAAAACGCAAAGCGCUCCUAGGUAAUUAUCGAGUCAAAAUCAAAGCUAAAAAAAAAAUGAAAAAAAAAAAAGAAAGAAACGAGAAU